UGCCCAAAUGAUCACUUGGGGCCGGUGUUGGGUUCCCAAUCUCUUUGUUAUUGGGGCAGGUGUAAUGAAGGGUUGUUCUCCUUGUUGUGUGAACUGAGUGCAGAAGAACUGUACCUGGCAUAGGCCAAUCGUGGGACUUACCCUCUGCUGAACAGCAUUUGCUUGGCAGGGGACAUGGGUUCCAACGUCCAAUGAGUUGAGAGAAGGGAGUCACACUACAGCAUCAGCUGGAGAGCCAGCCCUUACUUUGAAUCUCCUUUGGUGAACGAACCCUUUCACAGAACUCCAAAAAUUGUCGUUAGAAGGAGGUGAUAGCUAAGGGAAGCAGCUGGAAACAUAAGGAAGUCACUCUGAACACUACACUUCAGUCUUCGUUCAGCUGUGGAGGUUACAUCCACUACAGAGCUCUUUUCUUCCAACAGAAGCAAAUUGGCAGCAUCUCUGAAGAUCUAAACAUAGAAGGGACAUUGCCAGAACGUAGCCAUACACUAUGGGGUUUCCUGAAAUGAUGCUGAGUGAAGAUUUUGACAACUACUCCUAUUUCUAUGAGUAUGAGGAAGAGGAACCACCCCAGUCCUACCUCAGUGUUGCACACAUCAUCUCUCUUUCCUUAUGCAGUGUGGCUUUUCUCCUGGGGGUGCCAGGAAAUGCCAUAGUCAUCUGGUUUAUGGGGUUUAAAUGGAAUAAAUCAGUCAGUACCCUCUGGUUCCUCAACCUGGCCAUUGCAGACUUCAUCUUUGUUCUUUUCCUGCCUCUCUACAUUACGUAUGUGGCCAUGGGCUUCCAUUGGCCCUUUGGGAAAUGGCUCUGCAAGACCAACUCCUUCAUUGCUUUACUAAAUAUGUUUGCCAGUGUCUUCUUCCUGACCAUCAUCAGCCUUGACCGCUAUAUCCGCCUGGUACACCCAGUCUUUUCCAACAAAUAUCGGACCCGAAGGAACACCCUCAUUCUGAGUGUGAUUAUUUGGAUCUCAGCUGCUGCUAUUGGUGCCCCUGCCUUACACUUCAGAGACACAAUUACCAUUCACAACUCCACUAUUUGCUAUAACAACUUCCAUCCGUAUGACAAAGAACUCAUUCUGAUGAGGCAUAAUAUUUUCAUUUGGGUGAGGCUUGUUUGUGGCUACCUCUUUCCCCUGGUGACCAUGGUCCUUUGUUACUCAUUUCUGGUUCUGAAGGUGAAGAAGAGAACCAUGCUAACUUCCAGCAGGCUUUUCUGGACCAUCCUUGCGGUAGUUGUAGCUUUUUUUGUUUGCUGGACCCCCUAUCACAUAUUUACCGUUCUGGAACUAUCGGCUCACCAUAAUGAACGCUUCCAUGACUUGCUUCUCAGCGGUAUUCCCCUCUCUACUGGCCUGGCUUUCAUCAACAGCUGCCUCAAUCCAAUCCUCUAUGUUCUGAUUAGCAAGAAGUUCCAAACCCGUGUCAGGGCAACAGUUUCUGAGGCACUAAAACUUGCAGUCUGGGAGGUCAGCCGGUCUGCAACAGUCAGUGAACAACUGCGGAACUCUGACAACAGCUAUCCGGCUGUGCGGUAUUGUGAAACCACUCAGUGACCAGCUUGUACAAAAUCUCUUCCUCACUGCGUAUAACCAGCAGUAGUUUCACAGUCAAACAGAUGUGUAUCUUAGCUACGAAAAAGAACAGUGGGUUGAUUGCAAUCAAUUUAAUGCUGCACCCUAUGUUAGCUGGAUUUAUUUUUUUUUUUUUUAAGGCUGCAGAAUUUGGAUAGGAUGCUAGUUUGAUGUAUAAAGGACCUGCGUCAAAGCCCACUGCAAUCAGUGGGAUUUGGAUCAGAUAGAGAAACAUUCCCACUGUAAAUCCUAUUGUGUAAAUUCUAGAAGAGGUAUUGAAAGUGACAUCUUCUCAACAUAAUCAUAUAUAACAAAUAUUUCUCUGUUGAAUUAUGUAACACCUUUGAUCCAAGAGUUCUCAGCCUAGAGCUCACACUUCCAAUAGUGCUAAAUAUGGAGAACUCCUGGUUAGAUCCCAGCUAGGGGGAGGAGGCCCCAUCUGAGUAGGAAAGGGGUCCCAGUAUAGAAAAGGAUCCCAAAUAUGGAAAAGGUUGAACAAGUGUACAACAAAAAUCAAUUAACAUCCCUUGUUUAGUAGUUGAUGUUUCCUUACACACUGCUUGGACAACCUCAUACCCUGGGGUCUGAUACAUUGUGGCUUUCUAGUCAGUUUCAUUUCCUGGUUGUCCAUGUUUUUUAUGUCUUAUGGUGAGGAGGGGAUGUUAAAUUUUUUCCCCUCUCCUGGAAACAAAGAAAUAACAUUUUUUUCCUAAUCAUAGUAUAGAUUGCAUGACCCCUGCCUCCCUCUACUACUACACUAGGGUUGCCAACUUUCUUCUCACAUAAAACCUAACAACCUUGCCCUACCCCUUGCACCAUCCCUUCUCUGAGGCCCUGAGUUUCCUGUUAGCUCAUGUGUACCCAGUAAAGGUAUAUUUUCAGCCAGCUUGAAUACAUGUAUGUACCAAACUAUACACACAUUCUUGCCUCAGUGUGUAAGAUUGGGGCUGUAAUAUGGUUAUAACACCAUAUGGCCUUGUCUAUACAAGUAAAGUUUACAGUGUAGAUGAGGCUCUAUAUAUAGAUUCAUGCAUAAUUUUCUUUUACACAAAAUAUUCUAAUCACUUUGAAGUAUAGUUGCACAAAUAUGAAUAGAUCAAUAGUGCCUGCAGCCACAUUUUGGUCUGAGUUCAUUAGGCCUCAUGAGCUGAGCGGUGUUAGGCUGGAUCAGUACCAUCUCAGAAAUACACCUAAAUGCUACAAAAUAUGACAUUGCUAAUUGGUUAGGAACCACUCUUUCCUGAGUCAUUACAGAACGAGUGCCUCAGCAAGGUGUUACGAGCUUUGUGCUGCGGAAUAUGCCUUAACCGGAAGUUCUACCCUCUCUUCUUUAGAUUCCCUGGCAUUUUUUCCUAACAGCAGGGUGUUAGCCUUCUGCUGUUUUUGAAUACAGUAUUCUUCACUUCCUCUCCUCAGCAGAAAUGCACAGUUCCUGUCUGCUCUUAAAACAGCUCCUUUGUUCAAUGCAAAGGAUUCUGGAAAAAUAAUCCAAGUAUAGUGGAUUUCUCAAUCUCAGUGGUAAGGCACAUUGCAGCAUUCUCUUUGACAGUAGUUCAAGCCCUUAUUUUGCAUAGUCAAAAGGGUUAGCAAAGGAGUCAGUAAAUAUUUUUUUUUUUUUCAAAGCUGUGGAAUAUUCAAGAGAUCCAUGCUUAGUAUUGUUGGACUAUCACCAUGGUUUGUUAGGAACAGCAGUUCAGUGACUCAUGGGACAGGAGGACAUAAACCAACAUGUAGCAAGCUUCUUGAGCUAAUAACCCUGAAAUAGUUCUAGAAGAGGUACAGAUUUGAAGACACAGCACAAGAAUGCCAGUUACUGCCACUGGAUAGGAAGAAAAGGACUGGCAACCUGCCCAAGUAAUUCACACCAAGGCACAGGCAUUGUAACUACUGCAUAAGUCACCUCUACGGAAGGAACAGAAGACAUCUAAACAAAACCAAGGAAGACACAAGCUUUGUUUCCUGAGGACAGUGAGAUAGAUGCUAAUGGAGUCUGUAUGCUGAUCAAAAUGACAGAUGCUUACUCAAGUCACUGACUAUAGAAAAAUGGCAGGAGCAGCAAAUGCCAGGUGCAGAUGGUGGAGCCAUCUCAGCAGCUGUACAGGCCAGUGCAGGAUAAACUAUCCUGAGAAGGGAAAGUGGCUGUUUGAUUGGAAAGCCAGCCUGAGAUUUAAGGAUAACAACUAUUGACAGAUGUCUGGAUAAGAAGUAGAACAGUCCUCUCGUCUGAUCAGCUGCUCUGACAUUCCUAAGCAGUCUGUGAGGUUUAUUACUUAGAUUAGUUUGUGGCUGUUUCUUUUGCUAUUAUACUUGAUUUUUCAAUAAAGGGAAGCUGUACGGUAACCACUGGAUUAUGACCUCUCUCAUGACACUUUUUACCUUUUAAACUUUUGUAAGCCUGACCCCAUAUCUCUACUAUUCCUGGUUCUGUUACACCCAGAAUUUACUGUGCCUUUCACUGAUCCUUCUGGAGUGCUCUGUGCUAGGGGCAGAUAUUCUUCUCUUCCUUAGGUUGGAAGAGGGAUCUUCAUUCUUCAAGACAAGGCCUGAACAACACAGCAGGAGCCUGUCUCCUGAUUAGACCUGUGCGAAUAACUGAUUUUUUUUUGUUUGUUACAGGUUUUUCCCCCGCCCAAUCCCCAAAUGUACUUUGGUGGAUUUUUUUCUCCAACUGGAGCAAAUUAGUGAAUUUGACACAUGCAUAAUGGUUUGAUUAACAUAGGAAUUCCUUCCCCCCACCCCCACUUCAAAUGAAAGUUCCAAAAACUAAUCAAACUGGUUAACUGGCUUUUCCUAGUUCUGUAUGGUAUGUUAUGGCAGGAUUGUAAAAUAUUACUUUCCUGAUUAUUCCUUAAUGCUUCAACGGGCACUGUUUACUUCUGUCUAAAACCAACUGAAACAUGCCCAGAACCCAUUCUUUUACAUAAUUCAAUUCAGCAAUAUUUUCAGUAUUCUCCAGUACUUCUGCAGGAGCAGUAUUAAAACAGCACCAAUCCACCAACAGUGCAGACUGAUACUGCAGGUGGCUGGCUGGCAUAAUUAUCUCCUUAAGUGUUACAAUCUGCAAGUCACUGUUAACUGCAUGGAUCUAUACUUUCAAGAAAACUGUUCAAAGAUCUAAGUAAAAGCAGUUUUUGAACAGCUGAAGUAUUUUUGAUAAAAGCAAGAGUAUUGGAGAUAGAUGACCAGGGACAGUAGAUCUUAUAUAUCAGUGCUCUUGCCAGACAUUGUAAUUAUUUUUGCCCAGUCUCCCUCAUUUUUCACAGCACCUGUGAGGAUCUUUAAAAAAUGAGUUUGACAGAAACUACUAGGUGGAACAUUAAUGCUGACUCUUGUUUUAAUGUUUUUAUACUAGUUCUUCCUUAUUGGAAUUAAGAUUUUGUUAAGGUGAGGGUGGGAAGACCCUAUGAUAUGGUUUUAUUUAAUCAUCUGUUGGGACAUAGGGCAUCCUUUAUGGAGGAUAACAAAAUAAAUCAAAGCAUUUGCAACCUUUUUCCUGUACAACAAACUUUUGAACAAACAGAUCAACAAGUCCUGCCAUCUCAGGUAAGCACCAUGUUUCCAACAGAACUAGCAGAAGUGAAAUGGUGAUGGCUUUAAAGUAAAAUGUCAGGUUUCCACAUUAAACCUAUCCCAGUUGAAACUAUAGUGCUACUGUUUCAGCCUCCAGGCAACUCAGUGCUUCACAUUACCUAGCACAACAAAAAGGACUAGAAAUGUCAUUAACUGAAGGCUUAUGAAGAAAACCCUAAACAGGCAAUGUGCAGAUUUACAUAGUCCUGGCUGGGAAAGCAUUCAGCUAGCAUAUUCCAUCAUUAGAUUAAGUUCUGGGAAAAACAAAAACACAACCCAGGACCUCACAUCUAUAAUGGUCAAAUUCAGCCCUGAUACAAGCAAGCUGAAAUCUGCUUAUACAAGUAUUAUACAGAAAACCAAAGUAUGCAGGAUCAUUAUAAUGAAAAAAUCCAAGGAUGGCUGUGUAAUACUCAUGGGAUAUGAUUGUAUUUUUCCCUUCUGAAAGAAUGCACUGUGCCACUUAGGGGUGCAGGCUUUGACUUCAAUUAAAGCACAGUCUGUCCAAACAUUAUAAAUGAAACAAAAUGAGGUAAUCUAAAGUGAUUGAACUCCCUAUUAACCCUUAAUUAUACACAAGAAUUUGUUCACAAAUCCAGUAUGUCAGUCUACUUAAGCAUUUCAUUGAAAAGGGAUAUGCUGCCCCUAGUGUUCUCUCUUUGCCUCCCAACUCCGUGACAUGAUUUUACAUAUGCAGUUCAAAACUGCACUGGCUUUUCACAGUCAUAUCACAUCGCAACUUACUUGGUAUUCAUUAUCAAACCAAGUCUGGACAGCAUUCCUGCAGCUUGGAUUUUAUGUCCUUAGACCAGGGGCGGGCAAACUUUUUGGCCUCAGGGCCACAUCAGGUUUUGGAAAUUGUAUGGAGGGCUGGUUAGGGGAGGGGUUCAUGGCACAACCCAAAUCCCCUAUCUGCCCUCCUCCCCCCAAGAACCUCCAUGCCAUCCUCAUUCCUGACAGCCCCU